AUGUCCACGCGCCCAGAAAUUGAUUUCACGCGUCGCAACGAAGAAAAAUACAGCGGUAGAAAAAUACAAGCACGCACGUUUAGCGCUGGAGCCACCAAGUCGUUGCUUGAAUGUGGGCUGAAAGGAAGUGCUUCCCUUGAGGACAUUCGACCGUCGGGCGGUUAUUUUCAGGCGCCCACGCUCAGGGAACCGGAACAAUACCAUAGAGACAUCGGUCGCUCUGAGAAUGAGGGUGUUCAAGACUGGGUGAUCCUGGUCGACAGUGGCAAGGGCUACUGGUGGCAUCAGCGCGCGACUCUGCGCCCAUUGGAGAAAACUGCCAAGCAAGAGGGCUUGCGGCAAUGUGUAUACCUACCCUCCGUUCUGCCAUACGAAAGGAACUCAUUCCUCAACUCCCAUGGGCUCUAUGACGGUGGACAUUUCGUUGAUGUCGAGCAUGAAACAGGCAAUAAUGUGAUUGUCAUGAAGCUUAAAGGAACGUGGACUCAAUCUCAGGCCCCCCCAGUAACGUACAGCAAGGGCUCCAGCGUCAAGUCAGAUACAAGAAAAAACUUGGUACAGCUUGUUGACUCGUGUAAUGAUGAUCGCAUAUCUGGCAUACUCAUCAAUCUUGCCCCCUUGCUGCCAAAUCGCAAGGCAGUGAAAUGCUUAGAAUGGUCAAAAUCACAUUGA